UGUUCCCAUAGGAAACGAAAGAAUGUUGUAUAUCUUGGUUUACUUAUAAAAUUAUUUUAAAAACUGGCCUAAUACAGUUAAGGGGGGAAGAGGGAAAUGACGUUUGUGGGCAGCUUUUUCGGGAAGAGUAGUUUACCGCUACCAUUGAUUCGCUUUGAAAGCAUGGAUCAUACCAGAAAGGACUACAUAUUCCAAAAAACCUUUUAUCCUUAACCGGUGCAGUGUUUUCAAAAUAGCCUGAGUUAGUCCAUAGGGGAUUUUUAUCUGAAAAAUUUGUUGGCUAGUUAACUGUUCCAGUGCUUAUUAAACCACAUUAAUCAUGAGGAUGAGGAAGCUCUGGACCAAAGCAGGUGUUCUGGGCUCGGUAUCCAUGGCGUUUGGAUCCAUGUUCUGGUCUCAGAAGAAGACGGUAACGACUCAGACGGGUUCGACCACCGCAUGCACGGAACCACCUUCUCCUUAUGAGCUCAAACUCGUGCAAGUCCUGUUCCGCCACGGAGCCCGAACUCCGCUGAAGUCUAUACCGGAUGUCAUGGAGGCCCAGUGGGUGCCUAAUCUCCUGGAACCCCCAGCACACACACAUAUCAACUAUGUGGUGACAGACCUGGAAGGAGGUCCACGCCCCUCCUCACCGGUGGAGGACAGCUACCGGGCCAACAUACUGAGUGGGGGUACGUACCCAGGUCAGUUGACCACGGUGGGCAUGCAACAGCUGUAUGAGCUGGGAGAGAGGCUGAGGAAGAGGUACAUCAAGGACACGGCCUUCCUCAACCCCACCUUCAGCCCUACAGAGGUCUAUGUGCGUUCCACUAACAUUGUAAGGACCAUAGAGUCUGCCAAGUGCCUGGUGGCAGGGCUGUUCCAGCAAAGCCAGAGUGACAUGGUUUCCAUUCUGACGACUGAGGCAGAGUCAGAGAUCCUGUACCCUAACUACCAUGGGUGCAGAUUGCUCAAACACCUCAGCGGUCAUCGCUGGGCGGAGUCGUCCACUCUGCCAGACAUCGCUGCGGACUUGAGGAGCAUCCAGAGUGCUCUGGGCAUCGCUGCCCACCAACGGGUUGACUUCAUCCUCAUCAGGGAUGACAUGGUGGCCAGAGAGACACACGGACUGCCCUGCCCACCAAUCCUGGACUCCUGGAGGAACACAGUGGAGCAGAGAGCUGUGGAGAUGAUCUGUCACAUCUACGAACCCAGCAAGAGGGAGAACCUGCAGCUGUGUGUGGGUCCCCUCUUCCACACCCUGAUGGGCAACAUUGAAGACCAUAUACAGGGCACAACCUCAGAGUCCAACAGGAAGCUGUUCCUGUACUCUGCCCACGACACCACUCUGAUGCCCUGUCUCAUGGCUCUGGGGGUUUUUGACAUGCAAUGGCCACCGUACGCCGCUGACAUCACCCUGGAGCUGCAUCAACACAGGCAAACCAAAGAGGCCUUUGUCAAAGUGUCCUACAUUGGCAAGGACCAGUUGAUUCCAGGCUGUAGUGGAGUCUACUGCCCCCUGCAGGAAUUCAAGCAGGCCUUCUCUAACUACUCACUGACCUCUGAACUCUAUGAGUCGCUCUGCAACCGCACAGAGGGCAUGGCCGACCCCUGAGGCUUCCACACUCUCACUGUUACCAGCCACCCUGUUUACAUCCCACCAAACAUCCACUCUCCAGCCCUAGCCUAGCAUUAGCCCGUGUAUUAGAGUAGUUAGUAUGUUAGGAUACCUCAUUGUUUAAGCCAGGGGUGGGCAAACCUUUUGUCUUGAGGGCCAUAUCGGGAUUUAGAAAUUCGAUGAAGGGCCGUACAGAUUUUUGGGGGCUUUUUUUAUCUAUACAUUUUUUUUAAUCAAUUUGCAGGCCAGAAAAUAGGUCCAUUGUAAAAUGGGUCCAUUAUAAAUAACCCAUUGGGCUCCCUAGUGGCACAGCAUCUCAGUGCUAGAGAUGUCACUACAGACCCUUGUUCGAUUCCAGGCUGAAUCACAACUGGCUGCGGUUGGGAGUCCCAUAGGGUGGCGCACAAUUGGCCCAGCAUUGUCUGGGGUAGGCCAUCAUUGUAAAUAAGAAUUUGUUCUUAACUGGCUUGCCUAGUUAAAUAAAUCAAAUCAAAUAGGUCCAUUAUAAUGUUCUAUCUAGUUUUAGACAUUCAAGUGUGGCCUGGAGUGUUUAUGUUAACCUAAAUUAUCAUUUCCCCCCCACAUUUAUUUUAUUAUUUUGUAUCUCCCGUGGGCUGGAUUGAAUGGUCAUGUGGGCCAGAGUUUGCCUGUCCCUGGUCUAAAUGUACAAAGGUAGCGUCACUGUCAAAGUGGAUAACUGGCUUUGAAACCACACCCAGGGCAAUAGGCAUCCUGUGUGGUACUGCUUCAACAGGUUAAGAUAGUCAGUCCUGUGUGGAUCAGUUGGUAGAGCAUGGUGCUUGUAAACACCAGGUUUCUGGGUUCGAUUCCCAUGGGGGACCAGUACGAAAAUGUAUGCACACGCUUUGGAUAAGAGCGUCUGCUAAAUGACUAAGAUUAAGAAAAUUUUACUUUACAAAGUAAAUCUUAAUAAUAUUGAAAUAAUCUGGUGAUAUUAUAAUGCCUAAAAUGUUGCCAAUUAUAAUCAUAAAUGUACUUUCUGCGACAGUACUAUGCACAGAGUGAUGUGCUUCUAUGUCUGUAGAUACACUGCAUUUACCUGGUUAUUACUUUAUGCACAGCACUGUAAAUGACAGGGCUUAUAGACUUUCUGAAAUGUUCUGGCUUUGUUUUUUUUGAGAGUGAACCAAAAUGCUUCACAGCAAACUGCAAUCUUCUCCUCAGGGGAAAACCAAGCACUUCAUGUACAUAGUGCUCAUUAACCAAGGGUACCAAAAUGUAUGGUGUGUAUGAGAGUGUGUGUUUACCCACUCAGAAUCAUUCAUUUUAGGACCUUUUUAAAAAGGGAUUUAUUCUGUUUACGAUAUGUUGUGAGUGAAACAGUAGGUGCCUUCUUUUAGGAAUGUGUUGAUUAUAUUGAGUGUAUAAAUUAUAUGCAUGGACAUGUGAGCAAAUAUACACUACACACUGGAGUGUUUAUUGGUUCUAGGUCUCAUCAUGGGGAGUUGACAUGACUUUGGAGUGGUGGUUAUAAUAAAGAGUUGGUCAAGGCUU